AUGUUGAAAGCAGCAUGGACGAUGAGGUGUUACCUGGUGAGAUUGAGUUUGUUGUACCUCUCUUGCUGCGCGGGCGGCGGAGUGAGCAACGUUCAGUUUACGGACACUAAUACUGGCGAGUACUCGUUGGCGGGUACGGUCUCUUGGGACCCACCUGCAGAUGUAUCUUUAGUUGGGAGCUAUACUGUGUGGCUGGCACACGACAACUCGCAGGACAACUAUGCCCUGAUCGAGUUUCUUGCAUCGAAAGUUGUGGUGAACAGCUUAUUGCCGGAUCCAAAUCGAUUCUACGUGCCCGUGGGUAUCAACCAAGUAAGUUUAUCGGCAGCCAACGCAGAUCGUAGCUUGCAAUUCGGAUACAAGGCGCAGUGGGUCAUCGUCCUGACCAACCGACCAGCCGCUUGGUUAAAGUUGCAGUAUACAGAAAAGCAUGCAGCCGUUUCAAGAAGCCUCGCAGAAAUGGAGACUCGAGUCAAAGUUUCGGAUCUGACAGAGGAGUUUGAAGAGACCCGAAAAGAGAAGCGAGAAUCCGAUGAAGGACAGGAGAGGGAGUUUCUGCAGAGACCGCCUUCCAAGAAGCUGGUCUUGCAAAUUGCCUCAGUGGCGCUUUAUGACACAUCUAGCCGGACAUUGGGUGGUGACAUCGCGGUGGCGAGCGUUCAGUUCACGGACGACGACUUUCAUGAAAAUUCCAUCGGAGGCACUGUGAGUUGGCAGCGUGGUGCUGCAACCACAGACUUUGGCUUUGUGUCGGAGUUCCAGCUGUACUUGGCAGAGGAUGCUUUGGGGACCAACGAACGGAUGAUCGGCUCAGUGGGUGCGAGUCAGUCGUCCUACGAAAUUACAAACGGUACUGCUGCCACAGAGCGCUUUCUCUUUGUUUAUGCCGCCAAUCCGAACGGCCGGGCUACACAGGGCACGUUCACAGGCUUUCCGGACUGGUGGGUGACGCUUGGCAUAGCUGUGCCAGAAAAGCUAACAAAGAUUGAUGUGUGGGAUGGCGACACA